CAGCUAUAAAACACCUUUUGAAGCUUACCUGCUUAUUGACUACUGAGACUACAGUUAGACUGGUGAGGUCAACAUGGGCACUGAAUCAGAAAAUAACGGAGCUCUCAAAGAGGGGUUUUUGGUGAAAAGGGGUCAUGUGGUUCAAAACUGGAAAGUUCGUUGGUUUGUACUUAAAUCAGACAGACUUCUGUAUUAUAAAUAUGAGGGCGGCAAACGGGAUUCCUGCCAUCGAGGGACGAUACCGUUGAGUGACUGCAAAAUCACAUGUCCUUACCUGGAUUACGAGAACAGACCGUUGGUGAUGAAGCUGCAGACCAGCACAUCAGAGGAGCACUUCCUGGAGGCUUGCACGAGAGAGGAACGUGACGAAUGGGCUGCGGCGAUUGGUGAAGUGGUACAGAAACUCAAACCACAUGAAACACAGACCCCCUCCCCAUCACAAAUGAAAGGUUCCAAAUCACUCCAGCUUCACAAUGUCAACCUCAGUCAGGUGGUGGACUCCAUGUAUGAUGUGCACACUGGUAUCCGGCUAUGCAGUCAUGUUGAGCAGGGCAGCUCUUACACCAACUGUUUCUCAGGCUCAGCGGUGGUGGACUGGCUUGUGUUUAAUAAGCUGGCUCUGACCCGUGUGGAGGCAGUAACAUUAGCCUCUACACUGCUGGACGAGGCCUCCCUGCGGCCCAUCGGGAUCAGGAGCACAGACGCUCUCCGUAAUGCAGCUCUAGGAGAACAAUUCCUCGAUGACUCCACUGCACUCUACUGCUUUUCCCAAAGCUUCCAGAAGCGAGGCAGUGUGAAAGCAGAGAAGUCUCGGUCUGCGGUGGAACUCAGUGGAAGAGUAGUAAAGAGAGGUUACCUACUCAAACAGGGGCACAAGGUGAAGAACUGGAAGGUGAGAUUGUUUGUUCUGAGGGCGGAGCCUACUUUCUUGCACUAUUAUGACCCUAGCAAGGAUGACAUCACUCCGGUUGGCAGUAUAUCUCUGCGUGGCUGUCUGGUGUCUGCUCUGGAUGAUAACGGCGUACCGUCAGGUGUUAAAGGUAAAGUCCAGGGGAAUCUCUUUAAAAUCAUCACUCAGACGGACACACACUAUUACAUCCAGGCCCCAACACACGAAGAGAGGAUGGACUGGAUCCGAGCUAUUAGACAACUGACAUAACUGACCCUUCACAAAAGACCCGGCUCCCUUCGUUACUAUUGCUAUGUCAGACAAACCAUGGCACUUUUAUGCCACACAUCAUGUUGUAACACAGUUGAAAAUACAUUGCAGAGCAAAGAGAAAACUGACAACAUGCCGACAGACAAGACAGAGCAGGUUACUUUAGGUAUUAAACAAAGCAUGAGCCUUCAAAUUCGGUUGUUUUUGAAGAAAUUUAGACAAUAAAUACUGUUUUAUGGCUCUUUAGUGUUGUGACAGAGCGCUGUAGCACUUUCAAGUGGGAUGUUAACGAUCAUCUUUUCCUCUUUACUAGUUAUAGCAUGAAAUAUACAUGAAUGAACAUCAGAAGGUAUGUUGUUUCAACCAUGGAAAGACUCAAAACACACAAUUUUCUAAGUUCAAGUCCACCGAUGUUAAUCUACUCUCCUGUCUAGUUUGUUUGUCGGACCAAAAAAGUCAGAUUUGGCGUUAUAAUUGGUCGUAUCGCCUGUCAAUCAAACUCUCUGCGAAAGGUCAAUUAGGUCAUUGCUGUUAUUGUUAAUUUUAUUGUUAUUGCUAAUUUUAUAUUUUUGUCUGUCACACAUCUAUUUAGAAAUCUUGUUCUGUUUUAACAGUUUUACAUGUGGUGUUUGUGUAUGUGCAUAACAAACAAAUAUACAUUGUUAUAUAAAAAAUAUUACUAAAAAUGUUAAUAAUUAAUAAUACACAUUCAAGUAAGCAUAUAGAAUAUUUACAUAUAAAAUUCAGAUUUUCCCAAAGUCCAGAGUUUUGAUAUUCCUAAUAGUCUGUAUCUUAUGUUUGAUAUAAUAUACAGGUGGUAAAGCUUAUACAUUCAGUGAAUGUACUUUGAAAGCAUGAAUGAUGAUAACUGUAACAUUUAUUUGGUUGUAUUUUGUAAAAUAAAAGUUAUAUUUGAGUAACUGU